AUGGCGCCGAAAAAGUCCGUCUUCCGGCAGCCCGGGGCGCAGCAUUUCCAGCUGGUCCACCGAUCUCAACGGGAUCCCCUUAUCAACGACCCGGAUGCUGGACAGAGGGUCCUGAAGCCGAUCGGGAGGGGCAAUGAGAGGGAUAGGAAGACCGGCACAACUCUGGCCGAGCUGGAAUCCGCAUUCGACAAGAGCAAGAUCCGGGAGAAUGAAGGCGAAGCGGCCGCGUACGGAAUCGCAUAUGACGAUUCCGCCUACGACUACAUGCAGCAUCUCAAGCCGGUCGGUCAGUCGGGCGGCGACUCAUUCAUGUUGGCCGCACCACGCGGGUCGGGCGUCGCUCCGGGGAUGAAGGACAAGAGCGCCAAGGGAAAGGGGAAAGCACGGGCAGAAGAGCUGUUUGCGGACCUCCCUGAGGUGCUGGCGAGCGACAAGGAGAUUACGCUGCAGCAGGCGUAUGCGCGCGAAGAGGGGAUUCCGACGGAAUUGCAGGGACUGCAGCCGGAUAUGGAUCCCCAUUUGCGGCAGGUCCUCGAGGCGCUGGAGGAUGAGGCGUUUGAGGAUGCCGAGGGGGAUGAAGGGUGGUUUGGGGAGUUGGUGGGCGGUGGGGAGGUGGAAGAUGGGGAAGAGGUGGCCGAGUUUGAGUUUGAAGAGUGGGGGGCAGAGGAAGGAGAUGGGGAGGAGGAAGGGGAAGGAGUAGGGGAGGAAGUGGCACCUCACGAUCUGGCGGAGGAUGCUUCGUGGGAAGACAGGUUCAAGGCGUUUAAGCAGCAACAGAAGGAGGGCGAUGGAGCCGGGUCGGAAGUUGGGGUGGAGGAUAGGUCCGAGAUGGCGGAUACAGUCGGGAGUAUGGCGAGCAUGGCGGAUAUGAUUGUCAAGGGCGGCAAGAAGCGGCGGGGGAAGCGCGGGCCAAGCGAUGCCACAGGGAUGAGUAUGAGCAGUUCCAGCAUGUUCCGGAACAAGGGGUUGACAGAGCUGGAUAAUCGGUUCGACCAGAUUGAACGCGCAUACGAUAUCCAAGAAGAAGACGAAGAGUACUAUGAAGACGACGACGCCGCCUCGAUCGCCCCCUCCCAAAUGUCCGCCAUGUCGGGUAUGACCGGCAUGUCGUCCAUGUCGCGCAUAUCGGGCGUCUCCCUCUUCUCCUCCCAAUCCGCCGCGCCCCCGCUCGUCUCGCGCGAAGACUUUGAUGCGAUCCUAGACGAUUUCCUCGACAACUUUGAGGUCGUCGGGAAUCGGUAUAGGCCGGCACUGGGCACGACGCGCCUGUCGGGUCCAGAGAAGCUCGAGGUGCUGCGGAAUGCGGUGGAGGAUGGGGCGGAGGGGUUGGGGAAGGAGGAGAAUAGGCGGAGGAUACUGGAGAUUGAGAAGAUGGGGCGGGGGGUGGGGGUGGGCAAGAUUGAGAAGAUGAUGAAGAUCAGGAGGGAAGAGGAUGAGGGGGAGAAGUGGGAUGCGGAGACUAUUCUGACUACAUACACCAAUACCGAGAACCACCCCGGCAUGAUCCGCUCUCGGAACGCAGCAGCCGCCAAAGCACGCGCGGGUAUGGUGAACGGAAACCCUACUGUCCCCGCGCCAAUGCCCGCAUCGGUAUCGGGCAAUGGCGGAAGCGAUGAGGACGAUUCGGACGAUUCUGGAUCAGAGACGGAGACGGAGACGCCGAGAGUCACAGUGGCGAGACCGAAGGGGGAGGGGAAGGAGGAGAGGAAGGCGAGAAAAGCGGCUGUCAAGGCUGAGCGAUCUGCCCGUCGGGUCGAGAAGAAGACCCGGCAAGAAGCCUUCGGAACCGAGCGCCGGACCGCCCUCGCCAAGCACAAGAAACAGGUCGGUGGUGGCCGAGCGGCCGAUCUGUUGGUUGGGGAAAGAGGCGUCGUCUCGCUGAGCUAA